AUGAUAGCAAACGGAUCAUAUGCAUUAAUAGCAAUUGUUCUAGUUGGUGUAUUCGUAAUAAUUUCAAUCACUGUAAAUGCUACUACUUUGGGUAUAAUCAUCAAAAGAUUUGAUCAAUUAAAGAAUAUUAAUGAUAAUCGAGAAGUAACAACAAUAAAUCCAAUUCCAUUAAAUUCAAGUUUAGUUGAAGCAAUUCGUAUAAGUGAUGCAAUGAAACAUUUGAGCGAAUUUUAUCGUAUAGCUGUGAUGGAAAAUGGUACUCGAUCGAUUAAUACAAGAGGUUUUAAUCGAACACUUGAUUAUAUAACAGAUUAUCUUUCUACGAAUACUAAUUAUCAUAUAAAUAAAACUUAUUUUCAUGUGAAAACUUUUCAACUUGUUAAUAAUCCUAUAUUAUUUACUUCAAUUAAUGGUAUAAUUACAAAUCGUACAUAUUCAACUGAUCUAUCUAAAACUGAGUUUUUCUAUGUAGAAUAUUCUACAGCUAUCAAUUUAACAGAUUUUAUUACUCUUACUGUUAUUCCAAACUUUGGUUGCUUAGAUGAAGAUUGGAUUAGUGCAAAUCCAUCACCAACUGAUCGAAUAGUACUUGUCAAACGAGGUAUUUGUGAUUUUAUUCAAAAAGCUGUUUUAGCUACUAAAUAUCAUGCAAAGAGUCUUCUCUUAUACAAUGAUGGUAGAUCAUCUAGUCGUAAUGAUCCUCUUGCUAUUAGUCUCAGUCAAGCUAAUGAAAUACCAGCACUUUCUCUUUCCUUUAAUCUUGGUCUAGAACUUAUUAAUGCAUUAGAAAAUCCAACAACAAAUACAAGCGUUCGUAUUAUCAUCGAUGUAUUUGAUAAACCACCAUUUCCAGUAGGAAAUAUUUGUGCUGAUACUCCAACAGGUGAUGUCACCCAGACAAUUGUUAUUGGUAGUCAUAGUGAUAGUGUACCAGUUGGACCUGGUAUUAAUGAUAAUGGUAGUGGUAGUGCAGCUAAUAUUGUAUUGGCUGUAGCUCUCUUUCAAACAUCGAUCUAUACAAAGUCUAAAUAUCGCAUACGAUUUUGUUGGUGGGGUGCAGAAGAAGUCGGUCUUUUUGGUUCAGACUUUUAUGUUAAACAAGCCAAAACUUCAACUAUCAUCGGUGAACGAAUCAUCGAUAAUUUAGUAAAUCUUAAUUUCGAUAUGUUAGGUUCACCUAAUUAUGUAUUUGGAAUUUAUGAUGGUCAAACAAUUACAAAAGUAAUAUCUGCAAAUGCUAUUCCGGGUAGUAGUAAAGUUACUUCAUUAUUUCGUGAUUGGUUUAAUAGUCAAAAAUUACCUUGGGAUAAUACUACUCUAGGUAGCGGUAGUGAUUAUGCUUCAUUUUUAGCAGCUGGAGUUGCUGUAGGAGGACUUACUUCAGGUGCAAAUGGAAUAAAAACAAGAGAACAAUGUGAUCGUUAUGCGUCAUUUCUUGGUCAUGAUCCAUAUUGUAUACCAAAUAUUGCUCAAGAUCCAUGUUAUCAUAAAUCAUGUGAUACAAUAUGGAAUCUAAAUGUAUUUGCUUAUGAAAAGAUGAUACAAGCAGCAGCUCAUGUUAUUGAAUCUUUAGCUCGUAUGGAUAAUUUAAAAGAAUGGCUUUAUCCAACAAAAGAAAUUGAAAAUUUGAAAUCUCGCUAUAGAUAUAAACGAGAAUACAAUACAAUUAAUGAAUAUUUUGAAUUACCUGAUGUAUAA